UUGUGCAAUAAACUGCAUCUCGAUAUGAUUUGGUGGCCGGUAUAUUUUCUGGCGCUUUGCGUUGCAACUUUCCUCUUUUUGAAAUAUAAACACAAUUACUGGAGAAGAAGGGGUGUAAGGCAAUUUGAGCCCGAGUUCUUCUUCGGAAAUGUUAGAGAGGCUGUUCAAGGAAAAGCUAAGAUUAUUGAAAUUUGCAGAAAGUACUACUAUGAUUUGAAGAAAAAAAAUGAACUUUAUGGGGGAAUAUAUUUAUUUUAUAGUCCUGUCUUGUUGCCUGUCAAUCCGGAAUUAAUCAAACAAAUUUUGACCAAAGAUUUCGAACACUUUACCUCUCAUGGAUUAUUUCACCACGAAAAUGACUAUAUGCAUAAUCAUCUUUUUAACGUCGAGGGAGAGAUUUGGAAAAACCUACGAUCAAAAUUGACACCAACAUUCACUUCUGGAAAAAUGAAGGGCAUGUACGAGAUACUAUAUAGUUUAGCUGACCGUCUUGAAAAGAAAACUGGAAACUAUGCCAAAACAGGAAAACCAGUUGAAAUAAAAGAGCAUGCAGCAUGUUUUGGUACUGACGUUGUGGCUACAUGUUUCUUUGGUCUGGACAGUGACUGCUUGAAUGUGCCAGAGAGCGAAUUUAGGAAGUAUGGCAAAUUGAUAUUUGCUCCAAGACCUGUGAGAUUUGUCAUGGAAAUGCUCAUUAAUUGGAACCUACUUGGCGCGUUGGGACAUACAUUUGCACCCAAAAAAAUUACGAAGUUCUUUACCCAAGUGAUUACGGAAACGGUCGCUUAUAGAAAGAAAAACAACGUGUCAAGGAAAGAUUAUAUGGACCUUUUAAUACAACUACAGAAUGAAAAUCAGUUGAAUGAAAAGGAACUUAUAGCUAAUACCAUGGUUAUGUAUGCUGCAGGGUUUGAAACUUCAUCAACUACAACUACUUUCCUCAUGUACGAACUGGCUAAGAAUCAAGACAUUCAGGACAAAGUCAGAGAAGAAAUCUUAGGUAUAUGCAAAAAAAAUCAAAGCGGGGAAGUUACUUACGAUGACCUAGCAGACAUGAAGUAUUCUGAAAUGUGUAUAUAUGAAACUUUAAGACGAUACUCGCCUGCAACAGAAGUUCCAAGAUGCUGCACCAAAACUUACACGGUUCCUGGUACUGACACCGUAAUUGAAAAAGAUACUUUCGUAAUUAUUCCUGCUUGGCUCAUCCAUAUGGACCCAGAAUUUUAUCCGAACCCAGAAAAAUUCAACCCGGAAAACUUUGCAGCUGAACAUAAACAUUCAAGACACGACUUUGUGUUUAUGCCUUUUGGAGGUGGACCCAGAUUGUGUAGGUAUAGGUAAUUUUAUUGAUUUAGUAUUUAGCUGACUUUCGUUCUAAUCAAUAAUCGUAUCUCUUUAUUUUAGGUUUUAGAUUCGCCUUGAUGCAAAUUAAAGUGAAUUUAAUAAAACAACUCAGAAAAUAUAGAUUUACACUAAAUUCAAAAACGCCAAAAAAUUGUACUUUUGAAUCACUAUCUUUAACUUUAACGGCUAAAGAGAAUUUAUAUUUGGAUGUUACUCCAGUAUAAUAUGACCCUAUUUAAAUUUAUUUACAGUAUAAAUGGUGUUUUAUUGAUAAAGAUGUAGCUUUGCUUUGCUCAAUUAUUUUUUUAGGCACCCUAGGUUGUACCAAAUGGAGGUCGAGUUGAGUACUGGUACUGAAGGUUUAAAGUCAACCCCUAUUUUCUGAACCUUGCGUUCAAAAAUUCCAAAAAAAAAUAUAUGUUUUAUGGUUAUUGAUAUACUUUAAUCCAUAAUUUUUGAACUAACCGAAACUAACCCAUCCACGUAAUGCGUGCUAGUCCUUGCAUGUAAAUAUUGAAUUUAGUACACUUAUAAUCAGUAUUAAAUGAACUGUAAUGAAACUAAGCAAAAAUAUACAAAGUAGCCCAAACUAACCCGUCCACGUAAUGCGUACUAGUCCUUGCAUGUAUUGAAUCUAGAAAAAAACAGCGCGCUUCGCGCGCUUUGUUAUUAACCAGUAGUCUAGUACACUUAUAACCAGUAUCACUGGCGUGGCCAGGAUUUUGUCUUGGGGGGGACAAAUUUGCAGGAAGUGUUUCUUGUUGGUUCAUCGCAAGUGCUGCCGAAGGCAAAGAGCCGCAGUCGCGAAAUUUUUGAAUGCAAGGCGGUUUUUUUGGGUCUUUUAACAGUAUUUUUGGGAUCAUUUUUUCUAAUUUUCAAGAAUUAUCUAUAAAAUUUAAAGAUUUUGGGGGGGCAAAUGCCCCUCUCCCCCCCACCCCGGGCUACGCUACUAGUCCUUGCAUGUAUUGAAUUUAGAAACAAAACAUGCAAAGCAAUUUUUUCAAUGUAACUGAUUUCAGCUAUUCUAAAGUCCGGA